AGGAAUGCAGUAGUUUAGAAGCCAUGUGUCAUUACAAAUUAUUAAUACAUUCUUCUCAGAGCCAUGCAGGAUGCAAUCACUGAAGACCAUGUGCAGUGUUAAAAGCCAACAUCACUGCAGUUACACCUGUUCUUUAAACAUUAUAGUGGCAUUGACCUCGUCUCCCAUUACGUCUUUAUCAUGCACUACAGUUGAAAGAUUCUGCCUUGAGAUGAGGUUAGAAAUGCAUAAAAGCAAAAGCUGGAGGCGUAGCCCUCUAAUUGUCUUUACUGACCUCUCUGCAACGUAUAUUUCAGGUCUGGAGAUUUGAGCCAUGGAGGAUUUCAAUGUAAUAAACUGAGUUCAAAUCCCUUUUUCAUCCUGAAGAGGAUUCUAUAUGAUGAAAUAUGCUAUAUAGAAUUUAUUUCACAUACAUGGAAAAAAAACAGUCAAGAGGACAGUUUGGGCCACUUUUAGCUUGUCAAAGCAACAAACAGCUGAACAAAUUAGUGCUCCUUCCUUCAUCCUAUUUUUUCCAUAGCCAUAUGGGAUGGUUUCUAGUGCACUGUCACUGCUGGGGAGAGAACAAUGAGGAGAGAGAAAAACUUCCAAAUAUUGUGCAUUUGCAGACCAAUUUGACAGAGGUCUCAAACAUUUCAACUUUUUAAAAUACCCAUGACCUUUUUGAAAGUGUGUAACUCGCUAGGCGCUCUCUCUGGGGGGCCAAGCAGGCCCCUGGUGCUCUGGCCCCACAGCGUCAUGCAGCACCAGUGCCAGGACCAGCCUGUUGUGGUCCUCCUGGGGCAGGCAGCAGCCACUCAGGCAGGAUAAGCUGCUUUCUCUUUUGACACAUUACCAAAUGCACUGAGCUGGAAUAGAGAGAUCAGUACCCUUAGCUGAAGUCACUCAUUCAUGGCAAGAGCUCACAAACCUCUUCAUGAACGAAAGAGCAGAUAAAUCCUCCAGCUACUUUCAAGUAAAUUUCAGUGAGCAAUUCCAGGUUUAGCAGAGGCAUCUUAGCUCUAAAGAUCUUGCUUCAAACAUUCUUUUUCCGACAGUGUUUUCAUGCGGUAAUUUGAAGGUUAGGGGUAGCAGGGGGGACUUUUCAGCCUUCAGGCUGUGACUGUACAUUUUCAAAGUCAGUCAGUCAGUCAGAGGGAAGAGUUACAUAAAACCUUUUUUCAGCUGGGUUUCACAUGCACAUGUGAAAUACAUCUUUUCAGCAGACAACAUUUCUUUAAGUACCCUAUCUGUGUUAUGUCAAUGUCCGUUGCAACCAAUUUAAUUCCUCUAUUGCUUUUUGGUUGCCUACAGUAGGAAAGGGGUCAUCUAGAUGGUCAUACAUACAUAGAAAUACAGCUUUGUUUCCCUCUGUCUCUGCACACACUACAGAUGCUGUAAGUUCUUCAGCUCAGAGCAUUAGUGACUUGUCCCAGGCUCACGAUCUUGCAACCUGCAAUCACGGUAAUGUAGAGUAACCUGAAAUUUGUCUUCUACACAAUGUGAAAAAGGUGUCUGUCUCCUCCAGGGAGGAAAAGAAAAUCCUUUGUAUAUGGACUAAAGUGUCCUAAUUCGCACCAUACAAUAGCAGAAGAAUCCAUAUCAGAGAUGUGAGUUGAGCACAAGUUGCUUAUCAUCAUAGGAGCUGCAUGGGGACAUCUGCAUAGGAACAGAUAGAUACUGAACUACUCUCUGGUUGGGUGUAGGAAGUGUUCUCGUUUGGGGCUGAGGGAGAAAUAUUCCUCCCUUCUUUACACAAGGCAUUUCAGGUGAUCAUUUCUCUUCUUGGCCAUCCUGGGAGCUGCACCGUGUGCUACCUCCAGGAGUGGAAACAUUGUCCAGGACGUCAGUGACAAUGUGACUGGCACUCAAGUUCCUGCGGUAGAAGGAUAGAAGGGCCACUGUGACAUCAACAAGUGGCUGAACCGAUCAGUUUGAAAAUCCACAGAACACCGUUCCCAUGGGGUCCAAUACCCAAAAUAGGAAGUGGUACAUGAAUACAAUAUCAGGAAGCAAGUCCUUAGUGUGGACACUGCAGCUCAGCUUCCACUGCUGGAAGAACAGAUUGCAGAAACUGGAUGCUCCAGGUGCUGAAGGAAACACCUGUUUAAGAGGAUGAGAAGAAUCAGGUGUUGAUUACAAAUGCUUGGCUGCAAAUGUACUGGGUUGAUAUUUACUUGUCUUGGGAUCAGUAUGAAUACCCGGGCGUGCAGAACUUGCGAUUUCCAGCCGACCAGAUUUGGGUACCAGAUAUUCUUCUCUAUAACAGUGCGGAUGAAAGAUUCGAUGCAACAUUUCACACAAAUGUGCUGGUGAAUUACUCUGGAUCCUGUCAAUAUAUUCCUCCAGGCAUUUUGAAGAGCACAUGUUACAUUGAUGUCCGCUGGUUCCCUUUUGAUGUGCAGAAGUGUGAUUUGAAGUUUGGCUCUUGGACUCACAGCGGUUGGCUGAUUGACCUGCAGAUGCUUGAGGCUGAUAUUUCCAACUACAUCUCAAAUGGAGAGUGGGAUUUAGUGGGUGUCCCAGGAAAGAGGAAUGAGUUGUACUAUGAAUGCUGUAAAGAACCAUAUCCAGAUGUGACGUACACCAUCACCAUGCGCCGACGCACUCUCUACUAUGGCUUGAACCUAUUGAUUCCCUGUGUUCUCAUAUCUGGCUUGGCACUGCUUGUUUUCCUUUUGCCUGCUGAUUCAGGAGAGAAGAUUUCUUUAGGUAUCACUGUUCUGCUUUCCCUGACUGUAUUCAUGCUGCUUGUGGCUGAGAUCAUGCCUGCAACUUCUGAUUCAGUCCCACUAAUAGCUCAGUAUUUCGCUAGCAUCAUGGUCAUUGUUGGUCUGUCUGUGGUUGUAACGGUGCUGGUUCUGCAGUUUCACCAUCAUGACCCACAAGCAGGAAAGAUGCCCAGAUGGGUCCGUGUCAUUCUGCUGAACUGGUGUGCUUGGUUUUUACGUAUGAAAAAACCUGGGGAAAAUAUAAAGCCGCUCUCCUGCAAAUAUAGCUAUUCUAAGCACCAUCCAAGCGUGAAAAAUACAGAGAUGAAUGUCCUACCUGGGCACCAGCCCAGCAAUGGCAGCAUGAUUUAUAGCUACCACACAAUGGAAAAUCCAUGCUGCCCCCAGAACAAUGAUCUAGGUAGCAAGAGCGGAAAGAUUACUUGCCCCUUGCCAGAAGAUAAUGAGCAUGUUCAAAAGAAAGCUUUGAUGGAUACCAUCCCAGUGAUUGUGAAGAUACUGGAGGAAGUUCAGUUCAUUGCAAUGCGCUUCAGGAAGCAAGAUGAGGGUGAAGAGAUCUGCAGUGAGUGGAAGUUUGCAGCUGCUGUCGUAGACAGAUUAUGCCUGGUUGCGUUUACCCUUUUUGCCAUCAUUUGCACAUUUACAAUACUCAUGUCUGCUCCCAAUUUUAUAGAAGCUGUUUCAAAGGAUUUUACAUAAGGAUUUCAAAUAUAAACAGAAUGAGCUGAAAGGUAACUUAAAAGCGAAUAUCGUCAGUACUAUUGCUAGAUAAUUUAACUCAAAACAGAGAAGUGUACUUUUAUGUGCUAACAUAUGCAGAAGGGGAUAAAAUUAAUUUCAGGAGAUAAUUAUUUCUGAUGUUAGUAAUAGCAUUUAUUGAAUAGUAUACAUACUAGCCUCUUACUUAUUUCCUAGACAACUUCCACACAUAAUUAUGUUGUCAUCUGCUACAAAAAAUAGAAAAGAAUCCAAAUCCACAGUGUAUUUAUUAGAAGUUAACACCAGUGAAAAUGUGUAACUGUAUGUUUGUGAACUUUUAAAUAUUGUAAUAAUUUAAAUGAUAGAUUAAUGACUAGAAGCAGCAUUUCGUUGUUUUCAAUAUCCUAAUGUUUUAUCAUAUUUGUUUAAUGUGGCUGUGACAUUUAUUUCUCAGAUUUGACAGGCAUCUCUCUGCAGUUUUAUGAUGCUGCACAUUGCAUAUAA